ACGAAACGUAAUGAUGUGAAGUGUUGAGUUGACUGAUCGAGGAAUUCGCGUUUAUGUUCUAAUUUUUUUGUUUUCAAUUAAUUUAAGUUAGUUUAAUAAAUGUUUUUAGCACAGUAGUAGUCUUAGGAUGACCAUGGAAAGGAGGAUAAAGCUGAAAACCCUUAACAGCCACAUAACUUGCAAGAUUUGCCGCGGAUACUUUAUAGAUGCUACCACAGUCACCGAAUGCUUACAUACGUUCUGCAAAAGCUGCCUAGUGAAACAUCUGGAGGAGAACAACACAUGUCCAACAUGCGACAUAGUUAUACACCAGUCGCACCCUCUGCAGUACAUCAGCUUCGACCGCACCAUGCAAGACAUUGUCUACAAGCUUGUACCAGACUUGCAAGACAAUGAGCUUAAACGCGAGCGCAGUUUCUAUCGCGUGCGGAACCUGCCAUGCCCGAAGGAUGCUGCACUGGCCCUGGGAGAUAAGGGGGGUGCAGGCGAAGAGCCCGAGCAACCUGACAACACGGACAACCAUAGGAAAGAUGAACAGGUUAACGUCUGCCUGGAGUGUAUAUCGACGUCGCUGCGUACACUGAAGCGUAGCUUCAUCCGGUGCUCCGCGCAGGCCACCAUUACGCACCUCAAGAAGUUCGUCGCCAAGAAGGUGCUCAACGGCAUGGAGAAGUAUAGAGAAAUUGACAUUUUAUGCAACGACGAGCUCCUGGGCAAGGACCACACGCUCAAGUUCGUGUACGUGACGCGCUGGCGGUUCCGCGACCCGCCGCUGCGGCUGCAGUACCGACCCAAGAUCGACCUAUAAUAUACAGAGUAGUA